AGAGGAACAUAAGGUGUUGGAUUUAAAUCGUAUAGUUGAGAGGGAGGAACCGUAAAUUGACUAAAACGAAAAUAGUGUUUAGUCGCAUGAUCCAUAGGUGCUCCCUUGUUUUUUUAUAACAAUACAAUUUUCUGCACACACAAAAAAAAAUGAUAUUCGCUAUGUUUCACAUCGGCCCAUGCGGGUCGGCACAUCACAACUUGCCUAUAAAAAGGCCUAGCACGGCACAACCCAUGUCCACCCUUUUAUAAAACGGUCGUGCCAUGCAGGCCCGAAGGCCUGGGCUCGGGUAUUGGCUUGGCACGUGACGUAAAAAGGGUGGCCCGUCAUGACACAUCUAUGUGCCGGCCGUCGUGUUAAAAAGGUGCAAAGAGCAGUAAAAAUGUCAAAAUAUAACCCAAAAAGGCUUAAAUUUUCAGCUUAAAAAGACCUUUUUUUAGGCAAGCUUAAAAGGCCUACACUUUUUUUUGAGACACCUUAAAAGGCCUACACAGCACUAAAAGGCCGUACCGGGCCGGUUAGGCUUGGCCUGGCCCAUAUGAGCAGGUUAGGGGCCCCAAUGUCCCAAUUCCCCGACCUGAGCCCCCUUUUGCUAAAAAAAAAGAGCGAAGUGACCCCCAGCCGCCGUUGUCGCCUCGCCGGCGACAUGCCUCUCGCCGCCGAUGCAGAUGCCUGCUCCAUCUGCGCACCACCACCAGUACGGAACCUCCGCUUCCGGCGAGCUUCCGCGGCCGGUGGUCUGUCCCCUCCUACCGGCACUGCCACGUCGGAUCCGGGUAUCUGACGCUACCCGCCUCCCCCGCAGCCGUAUUCAGCCGCCGGCCGUGCUGCUCUCUGGGCUACCAGGCCCUGUAAGGACUGAAGCUCUUACUACUUUUCACCACCACCCUGCAACAUAGUACUACCGCUUAUGGGUCUGAGUCCUCUGGGAGCAUCCGCAUGGCACGGCCUGACUGCCCAGACAAGUGUGGUAACAUCAGCAUCCCGUACCCGUUCGGCACCGGGAAAGGCUGCUUCCAAGAACCCUUUAGUGUCACAUGCAAUGCCAGUGGGCCAUAUCUAGCUUCAACCAGAGUUAGGAUACUGGACAUCAAUCUUACCAUGGGCGAGAUUCGUGUUCUGAAUCCACGUAUAGCAUGGGAAUGCAACUACACCGACGGCACCAAUAGCAGCGGUUCGGAUGGGUUAAGACUUGAUCCUUUUCAUAAGCUUUCCGACACCAAGAACAAGUUGAUAUCGAUCGGUUGUGCUACACUUGGAUUUAUCGGAGGAAUCACCAAGGGCGAGAACCAGGUUUUGUUCCCCAUUGUUAACUCAUGCUUUUCAUUCUGCACUGACGCAAGUAGCAUGAAUGGUAGCACACAGUGCGUUGGCAUGGGUUGCUGCGAAACCCCCUUUCCAGGAAACAUCAGCUCCUUUCGCACCGGAUCUAGACCAUUAACAAUAUACAACUCUAUCACCCAGCCUUCCCGCCCAUGCAGCUACACAUUCGUUGCUGAGGAGGACUGGUUCAAGUUCAAUCAUUCAUAUAUCAUCUCUACAAAUUUUGCAACUAAAUAUACAGAGGGGGUCCCUUUGGUACUAGAUUGGGUUGUUGGUAAUAAAAGUUGUUCGGAAGCCACCAAGAUGGGAUCACAGUAUGCAUGCCAAGCCAUGAACAGUGAAUGCAUCGGUGUCUCCAAUGGCCCCGGUUACCGCUGCAAGUGCUCUCAAGGUUAUGAGGGCAAUCCCUACCUACAAGGAGGGUGCCAAGAUAUCAAUGAGUGCGAACCUCCAAACCAGUCCUUCUAUCCUUGCAAAGGUAAAUGCAGAAAUACCGAUGGAAACUACAUCUGUCUAUGCCCAUCAGGAUUCAGGAGCGAUGAUCCCAAGAGCAUACCCUGCGUUCCAGCUGACCCAAAGAAAGCGUUGAAGGUGGUUUUAGGCAUAUCCUUCAGUAUUGUCUUCCUCAUGGUUUGUAUCUUUGCUCUACGGGCUGAGUAUCAGAAAAGGAAGCUUGCCGAAGAGAAGGACAAAUUCUUUGACCAGAAUGGUGGUCAGGUAUUAUAUCGCCAAAUUAUGUCAAAAGAAGUCGACACAUUGAAGAUAUUCACACAAGAAGAUCUGAAGAAGGCUACAAACGAUUUUGACAAGAGCAAAGAACUGGGAAGGGGUGGUCAUGGCACUGUCUACAAGGGCGUUCUGAAGGAUAGCAGGGUAGUGGCCGUGAAACGCUCAAAGAUAAUGAACGUGGCCGAAACUGAUGAAUUCGUGCAGGAGAUUAUUAUACUUUCACAGACCAACCACCGGAAUGUGGUCAGGCUUCUAGGCUGCUGCUUAGAGGUGGAAGUCCCCAUACUGGUCUACGAAUUCAUUCCAAAUGGCACUCUAUUUGAGUUCAUCCAUCGUAGCUACGGGAGUCCACCUCCGUCGCUGGACACCCGUCUCAGGGUCGCUCAAGAAUCCGCCGAAGCACUGGCGUAUCUGCAUCUGUCCAUGAACCACCCUAUAGUGCACGGGGAUGUCAAGUCUAUGAACAUUCUCUUGGACGAGAACUACAUGGCGAAGGUGACUGACUUUGGGGCAUCAAGGACACUCCCCAAGGACGCGGCCCAGUUCAUGACAUUGGUGCAGGGCACCCUUGGUUACCUGGACCCUGAGUACCUGCAAGAGCGACAGCUCACGGAGAAGAGUGAUGUCUACAGUUUCGGGGUCGUGCUGCUGGAGCUGAUCACAGGGAAGACAGCGAUCUAUAACGACGGGCCCAAUGAAGGCAAGAGCCUCGUGCGGUCCUUCCUGCUCGCGAUGAAGGAGGACAGCCUCGAGGACAUUCUGGACCCGAGCAUCGUGCGCGCAGGGACGGAGACGCUGCUGGGAGAAGUGGCCGAGCUCGGGAGGAUGUGCUUGGGUCCCAUGGGUGAAGAGAGGCCUUCCAUGACCCAGGUGGCCGAUAGGCUGAAGGCUCUGCGAAGCACCUGGAGGGAAGAGCUGGUGCUGGACCGUGCCGUGACGGAAAAUAUGGUCGUGCACAUGCCACCUGCAGCAGCUCCAGUGCCCGGGGAUCUCGCGUCAUCGUCAUCGGGAGCCCCCUCGACGGUGCCGGACAUGUCCGGAAUGAGCAUGGAGGCACCCAGAUGAUGGUUUAAUUUGAACCUUCCUUGGGAGUUGUAGUGCCAGGAGGAAAUGUGUGCGUUAAGAGGCGUAGAGCUUCCAAGAUUUAUACACUGUCCAGCAGAAAUGUACAGGUAGUUCUACUGUAUUAGAGGUAUCCAAGUAGAUGUUGUAAUUUGCUGUGUGUUUGGUGUUUCAGUGUGGAGUUUGCAAUGUGUGUGAAGGGACACAAAAUGCAGUUCCCUUGCUUCUAGUAUUCAGGGUUAGUGUGAAGGGAAAAUUCAGUAUGA